ACACACACACACACACACACCGUGGUGCAGGAGGCCAACUAGGCCACACCCACCAUGGCCACACCCACCCAGCAACCAGGCAGACAACCCCUUGCUAAAAUGUUUGAAGGCCACCCCUGAUCUAGAUAUUCUAACCCAACCUCCUUUGGUUCUCUGGACCUUGGAAGGUUCUGGUGAGCACCUUAGAUCCUGGGUGAAGACUGGUCGGUUUGAGGUUGUUUGCAUUUUUCUGCUUUAUCUUGGGGUUGGUGAAGCCUUCAAUCCUUUGCUUGGGAGGUGACCUAUCUCUGCAGCAGGAAAGAGGACAUUGUCCUGUCAAAGAACUGCCCAAAACACCUACUCCAGUAGAGAGAAGUUCUCCAAGGAUGGGCUCCAGCAUGAGUCCGAAAGCUUGGAAAAGUGAACCUCUGGUGACCAACCCAAAUUUAAUCUCGCAUCAAUAUCUUGGGACACGUAUUUGCCUUCACUUGGGAGAUGUUUUGUUGCUAACAUCUGUCAAGUUGAGCAUGACGGAGCUAUAAAUCAUCUCUGUUUACACCUCUGCGGAUAUCUCUUGUAACUGUGGACAUCUUUAAAAACCUGCCAAGCAACAUCAUGCUUAUGUGAUCUAUUCGGCGAAAAUAUGCCGACGGAUCAGGGAUUAAGACCAGGUGAUUGGACCCAAAUUUUUCAUGGAAGAUUUUGGCAUGAAAUCAGAUGCUUGAGCAAACUUCUCAAGUCCUUCUAAUUUGAAGGUGAAAGGAAGAAAUUAUAGGCUUCACUCCAAUUGGUCCUGGGUGAAAUUCCUCUGCUGAUGGAAGGGAGUAGCCUAUUAAAGCUGUUGGGAGUUGAGUUCUGCCCGAAGAAGAGCUGCUGAGAAGAAGACACCCUUCCCAAGAGCUCAGUGGGUCGGAAGAUUCAGAAUGCAUUGUGUUUUGAGGAACAUCAACCAGAGGGUCAAAGAUUUGGCCACCAGGAUACCUCAUCUGGCAAUCGCAAAAGAACUCUUGGUACAGCAUCCCCAUGUGCUGUUCAGAAGGACCUCCACACAACAGCCCCACCAGCAUCUCAGGGACUUUGGCGUCCCCAACCCAAGUUGGAGCCAAGAGAUGAUGGACCAGUUUGAGAAGUUCACAAAGAUGUCCGAGGACGGAUCGUGGCAACGCAUCCCCAGUUAUAACAACUCCGUGGACAGCAUGCCAGUUCGCAGCAAAUUGGGGUACAAGCCGAGAAAGCAUCAAGACGCCUGCUUAUUCGUCCGAAACGUGGCUACCGAAGGCCGCGGGUUCGAGUUUGCCAUGUUUUACAACGGCUCGGAGAGACGGAUGGUGGUUCUUCUCCAAGCCGGAUCGUAUUUGGAAGGGAUGAUCGGAUUUGUGCACGGGGGAGCCGUGGCUGCCAUCCUGGAUCACACCUUUGCGAGUUGUGGCAUCUGCGCCUUCGGGAUCCUGAUGACCGCCAACCUCUCCGUGGACUACAAGAGCCCCAUCCCGCUGGGCUCCGUAGUCCUCGUGGAAAGCAAGGUGGAGAAAGUAGAAGAGAGGAAGAUAUUUCUGUCCGGGAGUGUACAGAGCACCGACGCGCAAAACCUUCACGCAGAAGCCACAGCUCUCUUGAUCCAUCUGGACACGAAGACUUCUUCCCACCCAGUGACCAACUCCAACUGAUCCUUCUUCAGGCCAACAGGGAUCCUUUUUUGUUUUUCCCCAAGUUUUUGGCUUUAUUUUAUAUUGUUUAUACAUAUCAAUGUAUGAUAUAUAUAUAAAUGCAUCAAUGUGUGAUAUGUAUACGGUGAUAUCUGGGUAUUAUACAUUUUAUAAUAUAGAGUAUAAUUCUAUUAAUACACAUGUAUAUUAAAAUAAAUUCUUUCAUUAUCUAAUCACCCAUUUUUUUAGUUCUAAUAUUUUACUGCUAAUCAUGUUCUUAUGCAUUUUUAAUAUUUCAAAUUCUAGUUUCACUUAUUGUUUCAUUCUUAUGAAUAAAACGCUCACAAAGUU